AUGCCCAAAUACCACGACUAUGACUACCUCUUCGCGUUCUCCAUGAUCGGCGCCUUUGUCAACGCCUUCGGCAUUGGCGCCAACGAUGUCGCCAACUCGUUCGCCACUUCCGUCUCCUCAAAGUCCCUCACCUUCCGACAAGCCAUGAUGUGCGCCGCCGUCUGCGAGUUUCUCGGAGCAGUCCUAGUCGGCGCCCGCGUUGCCUCCACGAUCAAGAACGGCAUCAUCGACCUCUCUGUCUUCAAUGGCAAUGCCUCGGUGGUGCUGUUGGCGUUCACGUGUUCGAUCAUUGGCUCUGCGACGUGGUUGACGUUUGCGACGCGCAAUGCGAUGCCCGUGUCGACGACGCACACGACGGUCGGGUCGGUGAUUGGCGUCGGCAUCGCGGUGAACGGUGCAAAGGGCGUCAAGUGGGGGUGGAACGGGGUGGCGCAGAUCUUUGCGAGUUGGGGAAUUGCACCUGCCGUUGCCGGUGGCUGCGCUGCGUGCGUGUACCUGGUGACAAAGUACAUUGUGCUCAAAGCGAAGGAUCCGGUCAUGGUCGGGCUGUGGACAGCACCCAUCUAUUUCUUCAUUGUAAGCGGCGUGCUCACCGUGUCGAUUAUCGUCAAAGGCUCGCCUUCGCUCGACCUGGACAAGUUGCCGGCUAGCACGACUGUUGCGGCGGUACUGGGCACUGCGUCGGUGGUAGCAUUGCUCUCGGUGCUUUUCUGGCUACCAUACGUGCAUGCGAAAGUGGUCAAGGGUGAUUAUACAGUCAAGUGGUACCACUUUUUCAUGGGCCCAGCGCUGUGGUUCCGUCCUGCACCGGAGGAUGCCGUCACCGCUGACUCGGCAGUGCCGGACUACAGGUUGCACGACUUUGACGAUCCGGCAGACGACGCUCUGCCCGACAUCAAGACCGGAGCUGCUGCUCGUGCUCAGCCCGUCGUUGCAGGCGUAGCUCUCGAAAACAACGCAGACCACAUCGGCACCGCUUCAGCCACCAACAGCGACAACCACGCCACCUUCUCCUCGUCUCCCGACGAAAAGGACGCCAAGCUCUACCGCGCGCACAGCGGCACCUCGCAGCCGCAGCAGCCUUCGAGUCUCGCGCGCGUCGAAGCCGAGCUCGAAGGCGCACACCGGGACGUCACUCCUCCGGGCCACGUACCCGGCCGCCCAACGCCUCCGGCCUACCGCACGUUCGAAGGCAGCUGGCUCGAGCCGUGGAACCUGUACACCAUCGUGCGCUACAAUGCGCUGCCGUGGGCAUGGUACAGUCUGACCGCGGGCAUGCGCACCGAUAUCCACGCGAUGCAGGCCCACGGUAGCGUCAAGGAGAAAGCGAAACUGCGUCAAAUGCACGCAGUGGCGGAACAGUACGACAACCGCGUCGAACACCUGUACUCGUUCAUGCAGGUCAUGACGGCAUGCACCGCGUCGUUUGCACACGGAGCCAACGAUGUGUCAAACGCCAUCGGCCCGCUGGCCGUCGUGUACUCGGUCUGGUCCACCUCUCUGUUCCCCGAGUCGAAGGAGGAGGUGCCCGUGUGGAUCCUGGCAUUCGGAGGUGCGGCCAUCGUGAUCGGGCUGGGAACGUAUGGAUGGAAGCUCAUGUCGGUGCUGGGCAACAGGCUGACCAUGCACUCGCCGAGCAGAGGCUUCUCGAUGGAGUUGGGCGCCUCGAUCACAGUGGUUAUUGCGAGCUACUUGGGUCUGCCCGUGAGCAGCACCCAGUCGAUCACAGGUGCGACGCUGGCUGUGGGGCUUUGCAAUGGCGACUGGAGGGGGAUGAACUGGAGGAUGCUGGGCUGGAUCUUCUUCUCGUGGGUCUUGACACUGCCCAUUGCCGGGUUGAUCUCGGGUUGCUUGUUGGCCAUUGUGUUGAAUGCGCCCGGCUGGAACACUCCUCCUCCUGUUCUGUAA